UUUGAUUUGACCGAAAAUAGUUAAAUUAGCAGAAUAUAGAGGCUUUGGCUAAAAGAUAAUUUUGUACUGAAUAAAUUUGCUCUUCAGAAAAUGGCAGUAUUAGUUUUUGGUGCCUGGGCAAUAUAUAUAAUUAUCUGCGCCGUUUUAUUCGUAUUUAGUAUUAUAUUCACAAAUUACUAUCAAGAUAAACAUGACAGUGAACGGUUAGCUACAGUGGUAGCAAUUUGUUCCUUAGCACUAUGUUUAAGUACAGUUGCUUUAUUCCCCGUAGACAUAUUUUUGGUUUCAAGUACAGUUGAUUUACAUACAGGACUUAAACACGAAUGGGCUACUAAAGAAGUUGUAGAAGGAAUUGUCCAUAACCUUAAAUUUGUAUAUUAUGGAUCAUAUGGAUUGAUCGCAAUAUUUUGUGCAUUUAUUAUUCCAUUUGCAUAUUUUUAUUUUGAAGAACUUGAGGAGGAACAAACAAAUUCGCAGCGUGUUAUGGCCGCCUUAAAAUACACUGGAUUCUUUGUGGCAUUUGUUCUUAUAUGUUUAUUAUUUGGAUUUGUUUUGCGACCAACGGAGAAAGCGCCAAUCGAUUUGGAUUUUUUCAAAAAACUUUUAUCUUCGAGUCUCGGAGAGAAUAGUAUCUCAUUUGUUAUAUCUAUUCUUAUGGUUCUUGGAAUGGUCGUGUUUAUUUGCUAUACCGCACCAGGACUUUCCCUUCUUCCGAUCGGAAUGAUUAAAGGCACAAGUAAAAUUAACUCUGUAUCUAAUUCGGAGUUGAGUUCUUUACUCAAAGUCAAUCGUGAAAAACAAAGAAUAAUCAAUGCAAAAUAUUCUGACCCAACUAAGACAAUGUCUAGAAAAGACGCAAAGCAAUUUGAAAUUUUGAGAAAUGAAGAAAAAGUGUUGCUUCGUCAGUUAAGAAUAGCUACAGAGUCAAGAAGCCAAUUUUGGAAUAAGAUUAUGUUCAUUCUUAGGCCAUUUGAGUUAAUAAUCGGUUUUAUGUUAACUAUAUUGACAGCUGUAAUAUUUAUGUCAAUAUUCUUAACCUGUAUCGAUAAAGUCAAAAAUUCGAUUUGCGGGAAGGAAUGUGGAUACAUAAUUAAUCAUCCAGAUAUUUUUAAUCCUCUUAAUUUUAUAUUCCUUAAAGCUUCUAAAUAUUUCCCGAUCGAUUAUUUCUUCAUGGUACUCCUUAUUCUGUAUUUUUUCAUUAGUACAGUAUAUGGAGUUAUUUCACUUGGAAUUCGCUUCUUUUGGGUACAUCUUUAUAGAUUCCGAAAAAGUUCUACGCCGCCUCAAGGAUUGUUAUUUGGCGCUAUAUUGUUUAUGCUAAGUUUGUUGGCUCUUAAUUAUACUUUGACAAUGGUGGUUGUUCCUCAAUAUGCUCAAUUUGGAAGUCAAAAAUACUGUAAUCAUACAAUAAAUGGGGAUCGCAAUUGUACUGAAUAUUCACAGUUAAUUGUACCAUGCGACGUUACUGCACCAACAGAUAUUUGUACCCCGACAGUAAUAUCUACGUUUAUUCAUCGUAUAACACUUAAUGCACCAUUUUUUGGAGUAAUAUUUUAUUAUGCACAUUGGGGAUUUUUAGGAGUUGCACUACUCGGAUUUAUGUAUGCUAUGAUUAGAUCACCUAAUAAUGCAUUAUAUGAUGACUUGGAUGAUGAUAUUGGCGAAGAGGAACAAGGUUUAUUAGCUAAUAUUGGAAGAAGAAAUAGAGGUGCUAUUGGAAUUGAUGAUUAAAAUAAUUGUAAAUUAUUUAAUUAUUUUUAGUGUAUAUAAUAUUUUUCAAAAAUUAUAUUUCACAUCACAGUCUUUAACACCGUAGUUAUAUGAUUUAUGCAUUUUUUUGUUGUUACACUAACUUUUUAUUCUAUAUUAUUAAUAAUAUGGUUAAACUGAUACUAUUAAUGUAAUAAUUAUAUUUCACAUUACAGUACUUAAUGCUGCAGCAUAUAUUUUUUAUUUUGUAAGAUUUACAGCAUAAAAAAUACUUUUUGUCAACCAUUUUUGAGGUACUGAGCAAUUUUAAUUAGAUCAACUUCUUUGAUUUAGGGCAUAGUUUUUGUGAAAUAAUGUUAAGCACUAGUGGUAUAUUUUAGUAAAGUCAAUAUUUUUAUUUUAUUUAUAUAAUAGUAUCAAUUAUUUAUAUAUUGAUUAUUUUUUUUUUAAUAAAUCUUCCAUUUAAUUUUAAAUAU